GCGACUAACGUGCGAUUCAACGUCCUUGCAUUUCAUCAUAGUUGCAUGUAGACGAGUGGAGUGAUCCGAAAGAAUAUCACGGUUAGAUAAUCCAAGGACGAAACGAUAUCUUGUGUAAAACAACUUUUCAAACCAGCAUGUGAAUUACGAUCUAACGAUGUUUUGCUUAAAACAUGUUAGGAAAGCUAAUACCACGACACUGUUCAAUUUCCUCCCCAAGAGUCGCUACUCUCGGCGUAGCGAUAAAAACACCAAUUCUUACAAACUCGUCCGGGCAAAUGGUCAAAAUUUGGACGACGUGGACGGUGCUGUGCUUGGAAUAAAUUCCAAUUGGGAACUUUUAACACCGAGAGGUUUUAGAUUUUAUUUGCCGGGAAAAAUCGGCCCUGGUUGGUCAGAUGUGACUACGACCGCGCAGGUUAGGACGCAUCUAGUUGAUUUCUGCACUGUCAACGAAGUUUCGACAGACAUUCCGAAAGAAAAAACUGCUCGCGAGUGAAUCGUGUUGUUGAGGAAAGGUAUAGAAGAGCUUUUUCCAGGAUGUUUGGACGUCGGUUCUCCACAGCUUACCAUCGUUACUAUCACUCAGACGUUUAACGCUAAAGUGAUCAAGUGGAACAGAGAAAUGGAAAUUGAAAAGCUGGCUAAAUAUUUCGUACUAGCAGCGUCGGAUAUUUGUACUAAAUUGAGGAACAUGGGAUACUGGGCAGAUUUUAUCAAUCCAUUCAGUGGACAACCACAUCUGAAUUUGCAAAAGAACAACGCUCUUUAUAAGACGGACGAGCGGUUCCGUUGUUUAGGAUUUAAAAUAUUACAUAGAAACAAUUGUAAGGUUAUUUCACACGACAAUAACGUGAAGAACUUUCUAGGAAGUCUCUACACCACGGCGCCUGCGAGUACAGAAUUUUUAAAGGAGAUUCUACGCGAUUGCGAGAUUGUAAAUGUUAACGAAGCUGAAUAAAAGAAAACAGAUACGCAAAC